GUAGAGAAGCAGAGAAGCAGAGAAGCAGAAAGCAGGAAAUCUGCGUGUGGAAUCACGUUGACCCAGCCCAAAUUUGGAGUACCUCGCGUUCCACCCUGCCACUCCUCUGACCGUCGUUGGACUCCCCCGCCUCUUCAUCUGCGGGGCUGGGACACGCCAAAAUGGUUCGCUCACGUAGCACCCCCCCCGCCGAGCUGGAGCCGAGUCGCGCUCGUUAGCCGCCAGCACCACGCCACGCCGAGCGCCACCAAGAAAUCCAAGACGCCACGGCUAAAGCCAAGGGACGCGGCAAGGGUGCCAGCGCGCCGGUCGCGCCGCGGCCCAGUUCACCCACGCGCGUGCUCAGUCCUUUUUGUAUGGAAGACUCCAGUCAGGAGGAUGAUGAUAUUGAGGACGAAGAUGCCCCAUCCAUGGAGGAGAGCGUGCCGGUGAGCGCGCACACGUCGCCACCACUGCGCGUUAGUGGGCGCACGAGUGAGCAGCGACCCGUGAGAAAGAAGAAGCCCGGCAUCAUUUACCUGUCAUCCAUUCCUCCGGGGUUUAAUGUGACCCGGACCACGGAGUUCUUCAGCGCCAUGGGCAAGAUCGGGCGGGUGUUUCUACAACCGGACAAGAACGAGCGGCAUCACGCCAAGGAUCACGUGGCCUUGCGGUUUACUGAAGGUUGGAUCGAGUUCAUGUCGAAGCGUGUGGCCAAGGAUGUGGCGGAAAAUGUCAAUUGCACCCCAGUAGGGGGGAAAAAGCGAUCCCAAAGUCACGAAGUCUUGUGGAACAUCAAGUAUUUACCCCGGUUCAAAUGGUCUCAUUUAACCGAGCGACUCAAUUACGAAAAGGCUACCCACCACCAAAAGAUGAGAACCGAGAUUGCCCGGGCCAAGAAAGAAUCCGACUUCUUCAAGCGAAAAGUGGAAAUGUCCACCAAACGAAAGUAUAGUAAACGACCCAAAUUGGCCGCAAGCAAUGACGAUAAUUUUCUACCCUAUGAAACCUAAGCCCAGGAACCUUGAUGCACCCGUUAUCCUGCAUUCAGAAUUGUAUGGAACUUUGUGAUCUUAAUUAUUAUGCCUCCAACUCCUUCCCCUGAGGGGCGGGCCAUUGUUUGCUGAAAGAAGCUCUUAUUAAAGGAAAGACAUCCCUAAUUCGAUCAUCGGCAGCGCGGUGAGCCAAAUUGAUGGGCAUAACAGUCAGAAGAAGAUGAAGACACACACAAAACGCAAAAAGAUAUUUUUCCUCCGUGCAAGAAUUGGAUUGGAUGCUCAAAAAUACUAAGUUUCAUUUGGUAAAGGAGGUAAGGAUGAAAUGUCCCCUCUCUUCAUUCAGCGAAAGCACGUGGUGUUUAUUCAGGUAUCAUGCUUUUCAUCCCGUUGUCAUGUAUGUGACCAUCCGGAUAGCACUACGAAUGAAAAUAAAGCUUGAACGUUCUCCUUCA